GGGAUCCCUGGAAAAGCCGAGGGGCAGCUGAGGGGGAGCGGCCAUGUCGCGCCCCGCCCCGGCGCAUGCGCGGCGCCACCCCGGGAAGAUGGCGGAGGCCGAGGAGCCGAGGCGGCGGAUCCCGCUGGUGCCGGAGAACUUGCUGAAGAAGAGGAAGGCGUACCUGGCCAUCAAGGCCACCCAGGCCAAGCAGGCGCUGCUUAACAAGCGCAAGCAGCAGAAGGGGAAACAAAUCCAGUUCAGACGCCUUGAGACCUUUGUUCGGGAUUCGUGGCGCAAGCGCCGCGAUGACAGCCGGCUGAGGCGCAUGGAGCAGAGACCCGGGCAGGCGGCGGCACCUCGGGAGCACAAACUGGCCUUCGUUGUGCGGAUUGUGGACAUUAAGGGAGUGACCAGGAGGGUAAAAAGAGCGAUGGAGUUGCUGCGGCUGAGAAAGAAUUUCACCGGGAUAUUUGUUAAACUGACCCCGUUAACCCUGAAGUUGCUGCGGGUCGUGGACCCUUACGUGGCAUGGGGGCACCCAAACCUGAAAUCUGUACGAGAGCUCAUCCUGAAACGGGGCCAGGCCAAGAUCAAUAAGAAGAGGAUGCCUCUGACAGACAAUAUGCUGAUAGAGGAACAUUUAGGGGGCUGUGGUAUUAUUUGCCUGGAAGACCUUAUUCAUGAAAUCUACUCAACUGGGAGGUAUUUCAAUAAAGUGACAAAGUUUCUGUGGCCAUUCCACCUGUCGGUGGCUCGCCACGCGUCACGUAACAGAGUGGGUUUCCUCAAGGAAAUGGGAAAGCCUGGCUACAGAGGGGAAGCCAUCAACCAGCUCAUACGUCAGCUCAACUAGUCAGGGUCUUUGUGAAAACUUCAGGAUUUAUAACCUGUUCCUUUUCACUUGUACCUCUAAUGGACAUUAUUUGUAUGCAAGGAUCCACUAUCUCUCUUGACUGUUGGUGCCUCUAUAAAAGAAGAAACACAGAGAUGAUGAUUGAGAUGGACUUUGGACUGGUCCUUCUUACAAGAAGAUAUAUACUAUUGGAUACAAGAAUGAGCUUCCUUGAGAAA